AUGACCCCACCUCCAGUUCUCACUAAUUCGCAAGGACAAGCAGUUCCAAAUCCACCAUAUGCAACCCAAAGAAUCGGCAAACAUGGCCCUUUAUUAUUACAGGACAUUGAUUUGAUCGACAACUUGGCCCAUUUCGAUAGAGAAAGGAUUCCGGAGAGAGUAGUGCAUGGUAGAGGCUCAGGUGCACAUGGUGUCUUUGAAGUUACUGAUGACAUUACUGAUAUUUGCGCGGCUGAUUUCCUAAGUGAAGUUGGGAAAAAAACUAAAACGUUCACCCGGUUUUCUCUUGUUGCUGCCGAAUCAGGCGCUAAUGACUCUGCUAGAGAUGUUAGAGGUUUCGCUACCAAAUUUUACACAUCAGAAGGUAUCUUGGAUUUUGUUUAUAUCCACACUCCCGUGUUUUUCAUUAGGGAUCCAUCAAAGUUUGUUGACGUGAACCAUGUCCAGAAAAGGAACCCCCAGACCAACUCAAAGGAUCCCAACGCGGCAUGGGAUUUCUUUACGUUGAAUCCGGAAACUGUUCAUCAGGUUACCAUAUUGCACACUGAUCGUGGAACACCUGCUUCAUUUAGACAUAUGCAUGGUUUUUCUGCCCACACUUUCAAAUGGGCAAAUGCAAAGAAUGAAUGGGUCUACGUGCGUAUUCAUCAAUUGACUGAUCAAGGUAUCAAGAAUCAUACAAUUGAAGAAGCCACUCGUCUUGCAGGUGAAAACCCCGACGCUGCCCAAGAUGAUUUGUUUCAAAGCAUUGAAAAGGGCGAUUUCCCCUCGUGGACUUGUUAUGUUCAAACUAUGACCCCCGAGCAGGCUAAGGGGGCUCCCUUUUCAGUGUUCGAUAUGACCAAGACUUGGCCACAUAAAGAUUAUCCAUUGAGAAGGUUUGGUAAAUUAACGUUGAAUGAGAACCCACUCAACUACUUUGCUGAAGUUGAACAAGCUGCAUUUUCUCCUGCCAAUACUGUUCCAUCAAUGCAACCAUCUGCUGAUCCAGUCUUACAAGGGAGAUUGUUUUCUUAUACUGAUACUCAAAGAUACAGAUUAGGGGUUAAUUUCGCUCAAAUUCCUGUCAAUUGUCCCCUCAGAGGCGGCGUACAACCAUAUGCACCUUCUGAAAGAGACGGUUUCAUGAAUGUUAAUGGUAAUCUUGGUGCAACUCCAAACUAUUUGACCAAUAGGAACAAGGUCACUAUCAAAUCGUUCCCACUUCAACAAUUUCAAGAGGUGUGGGAAGGUCCUGCCGAACCAUUUGAAUGGGUUGCCACUUCAGCAGAAUUUGAUCAGCCAGCAGAUCUUUACAACAACGUUUUGUCUGAAACAGAGAGAAAAAACUUGGCUCAUAAUGUCGCCAUCGAAGUCGCUAAAACUGAGCCAGGGAUCCAGGAUAGGGUGUUUAAAUACUUUGGCGGUGUCAGUCCCGAACUAGCCGAAGCUGUUAAAAAAGAGGUUUUCCAAUUGAGUCCAAGAAAGUAG